AUGUCUGUAGUUUCAUUACAAGAAGAUAUUUCAGUUGCAUACUUAGGACCAGCUGGGUCUUAUACGCACGAGGCUGCUCAAGAGAGAUUUGUGGGCAAUAAUUUUGCUUAUAAACCAUAUGCGUCUAUAAGCGACAUUUUUGAUGCGGUGGAAAGUAGACGCACCACCUGCGGAAUUGUACCAUUUGAAAAUUCAACUUUUGGAUCUGUGGUUACUACCUUGGAUUGUUUCAUAGGUAGCAAACUAAGAAUAAGUGCCGAAGCAUAUCUUCCGGUACAUCACAAUUUACUGUCCAAGUCCAAACUUUCUGAGUUGAAAAAAGUAUAUAGCCAUCCACAGGCACUCGGGCAAUGCAAGAAGUGGUUAGCAACGCAUCUUCCUGGUGUAGCUCUAGUUGAGGUCGCAUCAACAAGCUAUGCUGCAGAGUUAGCAAAAGAAGAUCCUGAAGCGGCCGCUAUAGCGAGUUUAAUGUGUGCGGAAUUGUAUUCACUGAACGUAAUUGAGCGUGAUAUCGAAGAUGGAAAGAACAACACAACGCGGUUCUUCAUUCUGGGAGGAUCAACUAGUACUCGUACUGGCGACGAUAAAACAUAUUUUCUCUUUACAGUAGAUCAUCGCAAACCUGGAGCUCUUUGUGAUGCUCUCAAGGUUUUUAAAGAUCAUGAGAUUAAUUUGACUAAGAUUGACUCUCGUCCAUCUCAACAAAGACCAUGGCACUAUGCGUUUUUUGUCGAGUUUCAAGGACAUUUGGAGGAUGAGAACGUACAGGGAGCUUUGGAAAAACUAAAAGAGCUAUGUCCAAAUGCCAAAGAAUUAGGAAGUUACCCCAAUCAGAGACCUAAAGAAGACACGUACUAG